AUGUAUAUCGUAGGUUCUCGAUGGUACUGUACUAAUUCCUUCUGCUUUACACACAGAUCCGCAGCCACCUUAUAUGGACUCCAAUCCUUCCGCUUUGCCUGCAGAUCCGCGGCGACGCCGCCAUGCUCACCGCAUUUGUUUGAGUUAAGAAGAUCCACAACCAUCUUACACGAACUCCAAUCCUUGCGCUUUGUGUGCAGAUCCGCGGCGACGCUGCUAGGCUCACCGCAUUUGUUUGAGUUAAGAAGAUCAUACACUUUUGUGUCUGAAAGGGGAAGAGGAGAGCAAGAGACAUCACACAAAAAUUUCCAAUUUCUCAACAUACUGAGGUGGAAGGUUAUACCUCUGAGAUGUUGGGGAGCCAUUCCCUAUAAUUAUAAGAAACUUUCAGAUGAGGGCUUGGCCGACUUGACCAAGUCACUUCAAAAUGGUGUAGUACCAUAUUUGGUCAAGUUUAUCACACGUGAUGAUCUAGGAGUUCAGCUGCUCUCUGCAUCUCUUAUUGCGGAUAUGACUUUGUUUCCAAAAGCGGUCGAUGUUUUGAUAGAUAAUGGUGCUGUGGAGCAGUUGUCAGUGCUUCUUGAUUCUUCUAAAGACUCUGUAAUGCAAGAGGAGAUAAUCCGCUCUUUGGGUAACAUGGCAUCAGUCUCCCAGGAAAGCUACAACAAGGUUACGAAAACGGCCUUAUGUUUGUUAGUGCAUAUUUAUGCGAAGAGUGAAUCAACCCCUGUUUCUGUUCUUAACAGGUUAGAAUGGACCCUUAGUAUCAUCAAGAGGGGGUUUGGCGUCGAUGAGAUAGAGAUAGAUGACCUAUCUAGCAUAUUGUCUUCGAUCAAAGAAAUGAUUUCCAAGGAGAAUGAGGCAUAUAUCCUCUUUGCUUGCGAUAGUUUAUCAAUCAUUACAUGUCCGAGCACCAUUGAUGUGUUUGUUAAAUUAUCAGUCAGAAUUCUUAUACCACUUGUUAGUGAAAAGGGAAUGCUCUCUUAA